CAACGGCGCGCGGGGUAAAUGGGAAACGGGAAAUGGGAAGUGCUGCAGUCGCAACCUUCUGGGUCUGACGCUGCCGUGACGGUCGGCCAGCCUCAACCGGGCCUAUCACGUCGUGCGCAUUUCCCAGCAUUGGUUUUCCGCCUUUAGGUAGCCCGAUCUUCGUUGCGGAGAGAUGGAGCUGCCACCAAGAGCAAGGGUAAUCAUGGUUCCGGGCUCCAUCCAGCGGCGUUGCCGCGACCAAGGCCGGCCGGGACAAAGAUAAUACCCCAGCCGGCCAUGCCUGCCUGUGCCUGACACCAGAGCCGAGCUGUGGGCAAGCUGUAGACAAGUAUAUAUUGGCCAAAGAGACAAAGCUCGCUCGACGUGAAUCAUUUCUGUUCCAUCUUCAUUCUCUCCAUCAUCCCUACUCGCCACCGUCUGUUCUCAUCUGCUGUGCUGUCCAUAUCAUACAUACCAUAGUCCUCGCCUCCCACACAAUGGCCUCCAACGGCGACUCCAAGCCCGCGGCCAACGGCACCGCGCCGGCGCACCGCUUCGACCCCAACUUCACAAAGCAUGUCCUGGAAACCAUGGGCCCCAAGACCACGGAGCGGAACCGCGUCGUGCUCAGCGCCCUCAUCAGGCAUCUGCACGACUUCACCAGGGAGGUCGAGCUGACCAUCGACGAGUGGAUGGCUGCCGUCGCCUUCGUCAACGACGUCGGCCGCAUCUACGGCGAGAGCGGCAACACCCGCAACGAGUCGCACCGCAUCUGCGACAUUCUCGGUCUGGAGUCCCUCGUCGACGAGAUCGCCCACAAGGUCAUGUCAGAGAACGACGUCGACCCCACCUCGUCCUCCAUCCUGGGCCCCUUCUGGUCGCCUAACGCGCCCUUCCGCGAGAUGGGAGACGCCAUCUUCCAGGACGGCGUGCCCACCGGAGGCCGCGUCGCCAAGAUGCACGGCGUCAUCACCGACAUGGAGACGGGCAAGGCCCUGCCCGGAGCCAUCUUCGACAUCUGGCAGGCCUCGGCCAACGGCAAGUACGAUUUCCAGGACCCGGAGAACCAGACGCCCAACAACCUGCGCGGCAAGGUCCGCGCCGAUGAGAAUGGCCGCUACUGCCUCUACGUCCUGCACCCGACCGCCUACUCGCUGCCCCGCGACGGCCCGUCCUGGCAGCUGCUGUCCAUGAUGGACCGCCACCCCAUGAGGCCCGCCCACAUCCACAUCAUGGUCUCCAAGGACGGCUACCAGACAUGCACCACCCAGCUCUACCCCAAGGACGACCCCUGGCUGGCCACCGACACCGUCUUUGCCGUCAAGGACGACCUCGUCGUCGACUUUAAGCCCCUCGAGGGCGACUCCAAGGCCACCCUGGAGCUCGAGUACAACAUUGUCCUGCCGCCCAAGAGCCUCAUUGCUCGCCAGCGCCAGAAGCUGUAGACGGUUCGCGGCGAAUUCAAGUUGCUUUCCUUUUUUGUACAGCCCCUUUACGCCUUUCACGAAUAAGCUUGGUAUAUAGGACGAAGCAUGGGAGUGACAGAUGACGAGUCUGUAUUGUAUAUACCCAGAGGUCGACUGUGUCAAUUAUCUCCAAGUCACCAAAAAACACUGUGUCAUUUCGCGUCCAUCUCAUGUCCAAACUGUUGAGCUCAAUUGAAAAGAAACCCGCGCCAUAAUGUG